AUGGCCAACUUCAACGGGCGCCGCCCGCCGAACUUCUCCCAAUACCUCGAUGAUCUGAACACGAUCCCCUCACCCUACGACCAGGCUCUGCAGCAACAGCAGCAGCAACAGAACACCGUCAACUUCGACGAUGAGUUGGCUUUGUUCACCAAUGCCGAGUUCUUCGAUUUCGACAAGUUCGCCAACUUGGAUCUGCCUACAUUCGAUGGCGUGGAGGACAAGGACGCACAGGUCGAGUCGGAGGACCAGACACAAAACGCGGAUAUGAAGUUCUUGGACUUCUUAAAUGCAGAUGGAUUGGACAAUAUCACCGACUUCCAAACUGACCUCAAUGGCGUCAACUCCCAACCCAUGCCCGUUCCGAACACGUCCUACCAGAAUGCCCCCUCCGUGCCGCAGGUUGGGCCUUACGCUGCUCCUGCGCCGGCUGCACCCGUGGCUGUCGCCCCCGCCCCGGCCCCCAACAUGUCCGCUGCUGCUGCUGGCCCCAAGCGCAAACACACCCAAAAGUCCACUCAGGCUAGCGCCGAGGAAGCCGCACGAAACAUCGCCGAGGAGGAUAAGCGUCGGCGGAACACCGCAGCCAGCGCCCGCUUCCGCGUCAAGAAGAAGAUGCGUGAGCAGGCUCUGGAGCGCAGCCUCAAGGAAAGCAACGACAAGAACGACGCUCUCGAGGCUCGCGUGUCCCAGCUGGAGCUCGAGAACCACUGGCUCCGCGGCUUGAUCAUGGAGAAGAACGGCAACGAAAAGCGCGACGAGCACGCCGAGAAGGCCAUCUCCGACAUGUUCAAGGCCUUCAUGGCAUCCCAAAAGGCCGAGUCAAGUCCUCUCGAGUCUAAGCACGGCGUUGGCACCAGUGCGUAA